AAAAAACACCAGAUAGAUUCGACUGUCGUUUCUUGACUUUCAUAUUUCCAUUACUCUCUCUCUCUCUCUUUCUAUCUUUCUGUGUGUCGUCAUGAUUCCCGCCAAUCUAUAUCUUUCGUUUUGGAGGUUUUAAAACCCUAAUCUAUUCCCUGUCUUCUUCUUCCCUUUGACACUUAAAGAGAAUAGAAGAGGAACGUGGGUUCGGAUUUAUGUCCCUCAAUCAAUCUAGGUCUGAGAAGAGCGAGUCCCAGUUAAGGAAACCUGGUCGAUCCGGGAGCUCCGGUCAGCAGAGGAAUUUCUCAGCAGGUGGCGGGAGAGGCGGCGGUGGGACCGCCCCUCCACCAUCGACUCACUCGUCUUUGUCGGGGAACCGAAGCUUUAAGAAGGUUGGUAAUAAUGCACCAGGAGGACAAUCUAGGGUGAGCACCACAAGUGCGAAUUCAGAGUCGAAUGCUUCUGCUAAAAGUGCUGUACAGAAUGGUGCCCAUGUACAACCCCCGUUACAUGGAGUUUCUGACGCACCGGCCUCACGAGUUCCCACGAAGCCAACUGAUUUGGCCCCUUCGAGAAGUACCAGACCUGUUCCAAAGGCUCCAGCAUCUCAAUCAGCUACGACAGCUCUGGAUUCGGUUGCGCCUGCAGCACCUGCUAAAGUUGAUGCAUUAAAGACAUACCCUCUUCAGUUUGGGAGCUUUGGUCCCAGUUUUGUAAAUAAAAUGCAGAUACCUGCACGGACUAGCUCAGCACCUCCAAAUUUGGAUGAGCAGAAACGGGACCAGGCACGGCAUGAUUCUUUUAAAGCUGUGCCUACGUUGCCAAUCCCUACGGUCCCAAAGCAGCAACAAUCAAGGAAGGAUGUGGGUACUGUUAACCAAGUAAAUUCUGCGGAUUCCCAACCUCCAUCGCAGGGUAAAAAGGAUGUUCAUGCACAGGUUCCAUCUGGACCUUCCACCCCAGCAACGCAGAAGUUGUCUGUCCAUACUGUUCCUGGGAUGCCGAUACCAUUUCAGCAGCCACAGGUUUCUGUUCAAUUUGGUGCCCCCAAUGCCCAAAUUCAGUCUCAGGCACCUACUUCUCUGCAAAUGCCUAUGCAACUGCCAGUGGGAAAUUCUUCUCAAGUCCAGCAGCAGGUGUUUGUCUCAAGUCUCCAAUCUCAUCCAUUGCAGCCUCAGGCGAUGAUGCAUCAGGGCCAGAGCCUGAGCUUCCCACCUCAAUUGAAUCAUCAGCUCUCUCCUCAGUUGCAAAACCUGGGAGUUGGGAUUGCCCCACAGUUUGCACAACAGCAAGGUGGAAAGUUUGGUGGUCCUCGCAAACCUGUCAAAAUAACUCACCCUGAGACUCAUGAAGAGUUGAGUUUCGAUAAAAGGACAGAUUUAUAUUUGGAUGGUGGGUCAUCGGGCCCAAGAUCACAUCCUAAUGUGCCGCCACAGUCCCAGCCCAUUUCAUUUAAUCCUUCCCAUCAUAUAAACUACUAUUCUCCUAUACAAGCAGGCUCUUAUAAUUCCCCUUCCAUGUAUUUUCAAGGUCAAACUUCUCUUCCCCUGACUACUAACCAGAUGACUCCUGGUUCUGCCUCGGCUAGGUUUAAUUAUCCAGGCAGCCAAGGUCCUCAUACUGUCUCAUUUAUGAAUGCUUCUUCUCUCGUUCCUUUAUCUACCAAGGUUGGGCCUCCGGUCCAUGGUGGUGCUGAGAUAUCAAAUUUGGAACAUGCCAGCGAUGCUCAUAUGCUAGUAUCUUCUUCUCCACCAACUUCAGUUCAGGUGACACUUAAGCCAUCUUCUGGUUCAAUCAUAGAAAAGGUUGGAUCCUCUAUGGUGUCAAUUGCUUCGCCCGUUGUGAGCAAGGGUGAAUCAUCUAAAUUGGUGAGGCCACCUGGGGAAGCUAGCUCGAAUAUUGCACAGAAGGACUCUGACGCAGUUGGUAAUGGCUCUGUUCAACCAUCAGGUUCUGUCUCUUUACCUGCCUCAACUAAAUACAUAGAUGCUGCAUCAGUGCAGAGGCCAGCAACCCCUAGUACUUCUUCGACUACCACUGUCCCUCCUGAGGAGUUGGUAUCUACUGCAUCCAACACCGAGGGCAGAAGGGGAGAUUCUGUCAGAAGAUCGGAUUCUAUUAAGGAUCAUCAGAAGAAGCCUAGUAACAAAGAUCUGCGACAUGUGCAACUGCUGAACCAGGCAGGUGCGUCUGAAUCUGCAGGUAGUGUGAAGUCAUCUUCAUUAAAGACUUCCACAGAAGUUGCUAAACAUUCUGAUGUGAUGCAAUCUCCUCGUGCAGAGGUUGUUGGGUCAUCGACCUCUAUCUUGAGCUUGCCUUCUCGUAGUUUGGAACAUAGUAAUUCCUUGAAAGAUGGAAUGCCAGAAACUGUAGGAGGUAAAACAACUUUUAGUCUAGUGGAAACCUCAGGAAGUGCCUCAGAAUUUAUCCAGGAACCUGCUGUCUUUGGUGUUAAUACAGGCAGUUACGAUUCUUCUGAAGUGUUGACAGAUAGUGUUUGGAUUGGGGGGGUGUCCACCUGUGAACCAUCAGGCACUUCUGUUGAUGGAACCGCCUCUGAUAUUUUGGAUGCUGGUGACAAUGUGAAACAAGAUGGUUAUGCUGUGCAGGAACAAGGGAAAACUAAAUUAUCUGAAGGGCCCCAAGAAAGUAAUAAUAAUGUUGAAAUGCCUGUAAGAUCCACUUUUUCCGGCUCUGUGGAAGUCAGUAAACAUUUUCAGGACGAGUCCUUCAAGGACAAAGAAACAAUUGUUGGUGAUAAGGAGUCUCAGUCUGUUGAAAAUGAACAGGAGUUGAACGAAGAUAUAGGUUCCAUUUCAGAGGUUGAUAGAACAACUGAUAACUUAGUAAAAUCUGCUACAACAUCAUCCGAUUCUGUUGCUGCUGAAAUCACAUCUUCGGGCAUUGUUUCCCCUGUGGUUUCUCAUCAAGAUAACUCUUCAUCCAUGGAUGCAUCUAUUGGACGGGGUGAGAGCAUUGAUAGUCAAGAUCCAGCUUUUAUGGAAUCUGGUAACUCACUUCAGGACGCAGCUACUGGUCCAACUCCAGUUUCAUCUGAAGUUACUUGGAAGGUUGAGGGGAGAAACACAGAGAAUACUAAUGGAGGGCCAGUUUUGACUAAGGUAUCAGCUCUCAAGGAUAAGAACUUAGAACCAAAUAGGUCAAAGAAUACAGCUACAAGGGGGAAGAAGAAGAGAAAAGAAAUUCUUAAGAACGCAGAUGCUGCUGGUGCUAUUUCGGAUCUUUAUAAUGCAUACAAGGGUCCAGAGGAAAAGGAAGACACUGCGCUUCGUCAAGAAAGUAUAGACAACAGCGUCAGUGCUGAUGUGAAGCAGGACCCUGUUGUUGAUACUGAGAAGGGUGUUGUUGCAAGUGAGGAAGAUGGCCAAAGUAAAGCUGAGCCAGAUGAUUGGGAAGAUGCAGCUGACAUUUCUACUCCAAAACUCAAAAUCUCAGAUGAUAGAAAAUGGGUUCGUGGUGUUUUGGUGAAUCCUGAUGAUGAUGGAAAUGAAGUUAUGGGAAAAAAGAAGUACUCUAGAGAUUUUCUGCUGACUUUUUCAGAGCAAUGUACCGAUCUUCCUGGAGAUUUUGAAAUUGGAUCUGACAUAGCGGAUUCCCUGAUGAGUGGUCUACUCAAUUUAUCUCAUAUUGUUGAUCGUGAAUCAUAUCCACCCGCUAGUAGAAUUGUAGAUAGGCCAAGUGGGGGUUCUCGGGCUGACCGCCGCGGGAGUGGUGUAGGUGAUGAUGAUAAAUGGAGCAAAUCACCUGGACCUUUCGCUUCUGGACGAGACCUACGUCUUGAUAUUCCUCAUGGAGGUGCUGUUGUAGGUUUUCGACCUGGUCAAGGUGGAAUUCAUGGUGUUCUUAGGGAUCCACGAGGACAGCCAUCUCCCCAAUAUGUUGUUGGGAUUCUUGGUGGGCCAUUGCAUUCCCUUGCACCUCAGGGAGGGAUUCAGCGAAAUAACUCUGAUUCAGACAGGUGGCAACGUGCUACUGGUAUUCAGAAAGGUUUGAUCCCAUCACCUCAGACUCCUUCACAGAUGAUGCACAAAGCUGAGAAGAAGUAUGUAGUGGGAAAAGCUUCUGAUGAGGAAGAAUGCAAGCAAAGACAAUUGAAAGCUAUCCUCAAUAAGUUAACUCCUCAAAACUUUGAUAAGCUUUUUGAACAAGUCAAAGAAGUUAACAUUGACAAUGCUGGUACUCUUAGUGGUGUCAUCUCACAGAUCUUUGAUAAAGCUCUUAUGGAACCAACUUUCUGUGAAAUGUAUGCAAACUUCUGUUUCCAUCUUGCAAGUGCAUUGCCUGAAAUUAAUGAGGACAAUGAGAAGAUCACCUUUAAGAGAUUGCUUCUGAAUAAGUGCCAGGAGGAAUUCGAGAGGGGGGAAAUGGAGCAAGCAGAAGCUAACAGAGAUGAAGAAGAAGGUGAAGUUAAAAUGUCUGAAGUGGAAAGAGAGGAGAAGAAGGUCCAGGCAAGAAGGCGAAUGCUGGGUAAUAUUCGAUUGAUUGGGGAAUUGUACAAGAAGAAGAUGUUGACUGAGAGAAUAAUGCAUGAAUGCAUAAAGAAGCUGCUGGGACAGGAUUCACAAUAUCAGAAUCCGGACGAGGAAGAUGUUGAAGCUCUAUGCAAGUUAAUGAGCACAAUUGGGGAGAUAAUUGACCAUCCUAAAGCCAAGGAACAUAUGGAUGCUUAUUUUGAAAUGAUGAUGAAAUUAUCUAACAACAUGAAGCUAUCUUCUAGAGUGAGGUUCAUGUUGAAAGAUGCCAUUGAUCUUAGAAAGAACAAAUGGCAACAAAGAAGAAAAGUCGAGGGGCCAAAAAAGAUUGAGGAAGUGCACAGAGAUGCAGCUCAAGAACGGCAAGCUCAAACAAGUAGGUUGGCUCGUGGUUCAGGCAUUAAUUCCUCAGCAAGAAGGGGGCAACCAAUGGAUUUUGGUAUGAGAGGGUCAACCAUAUUACCUUCUCCAAAUGCCCAAAUGGGUGGCUUCCGUGUGAUGCAGCCACCGGUCCGUGGGUUUGGUGGUCAAGAUGUUCGAUUUGAGGAUAGACAUUCUUAUGAGAGGACCCUGUCAGUCCCCUUACCUCAAAGGCCAAUUGAUGAUGAUUCUAUUACUCUUGGUCCUCAAGGUGGUCUUGCUAGAGGAAUGUCUAUCAGAGGGCAGCCAUUGGUUUCAACUAGUCCCAUGGCUGAUAUUUAUCCCAGCACUGGAGACUACAGAAGAAUGACAGCUGGCCCAAAUGGUUAUAAUUCUGUAUCUGAGUGGACAUCUCAUAACCCGAGAGAGGAUCUUAUGCCAAGAUUUGCCCCAGACAGGUUCAUGCGUCCCACUGCUUAUGACCAAUCAAAUUCACAAGAACGAAAUUCCUAUUUUGGAAACCGGGAUUUAAGGAACGCUGAUCGUUCGUUUGAUAGGUCAAUGGCAAACUCACCCGCCACACGUGUGCAGGGAUCUGCCAUGGCACAAAAUGCUCCAUCAGAAAAAGUUUGGCCUGAAGAGCGUCUGCGAGAGAUGUCCAGAUCUGCAAUUAGAGAAUACUACAGUGCCAAAGAUGAGAAAGAGGUUGCUUUAUGUAUCAAGGACUUAAAUUCUCCCAGCUUCCACCCGUCUAUGAUAUCUAUCUGGGUCACGGACUCUUUUGAGCGGAAGGAUAUGGACAGGGAUUCUUUGGCUAGACUUCUCGUCAAUCUUACCAAGUCUCAAGAUAACUCAUUAAAUCAAAUGCACCUCCUGAAAGGAUUUGAAUCAGUUCUUGCUACUUUGGAGGAUGCAGUAACUGAUGCUCCAAAAGCAGCAGAGUUUCUUGGCCGUAUCCUUGCCAAAGUUAUUGUUGAAGAUGUUGCAUCUUUGAGGGAGAUUGGUCGGCUAAUACAUGAGGGUGGCGAAGAACGAGGACGUCUACUACAAAUUGGUCUUGCUUCGGAAGUUUUUGGAAGCAUCCUUGAGAGCAUUAGAUUAGAGAAAGGAGAGUCUUUGUUGAAUGAGAUUUGUACAAGCUCCAAUCUGCGGUUGGAAGAUUUUAGAACCCCUGAUGCAAUUGGUUAAAGGAAGAAGCUUGAUGCAUUUAUUUAGAGUAAUGUGUUGCUCAUUGUACCUGGUAAAAGAAAAUACAUCUAUAGGGCAGGGGGUACAUAAAGUCGGCGCAGAAGAAGUUUCUUUGGGAGUUGGAGGUACUUUACUUUUGGCUCCUUCCAGAAUCUGGGUAGCUUGCCGUUUCGUAUUGUUAUUAUCAUUAUUGUUAUUGUUAUUAUUCUUAUUUCUUCAA